ACAGCCAGCACCUCACACAAAAGUAGGAGAAACAUGUUCAAGUUCGAAUUCGACCUCGACGAUCUGACAGAUGAAACCAAUCAGCAACCAAAAGAAACCCAACCUUCUCAAGCAGAGGAUAUCCAAAUUAUUAAAGAUGACCGAGCACAAGAUCCAUGUGUCGUGAUCCCAUUCAAGGAACUCAUCGACCGACUCCCGCCAUUCAUAAGCUAUUCGAAGCUGAAGAUCAACGACUCAUUAUCGAUAUACAAGCGAGAGUUAUACGAUGCAAAGUAUCAAACGAUAGUCAACCUUGCCGAAGAAGAGGAAGAGAGGGAAGAAGAGGAGCAAGAUCGAGAAGAACAAGAAGGAGGCGAAGAAGAAGGCAAGAAGAAUGGCGAGGAGGAGAAGACGAGACAGAAGACCUUAGAGUCACUACAAUCGAGCUCUGAUCUGAUCCCAGGCGUAUACGAAGGCGGCUUCAAAACUUGGGAAUGUAGCUUGGAUCUGGCCACCCAUCUCGACCCGAUUGUCGAACGAUUGAAGACCCUUUUUUCAAAACAAGAAGAAGAAGAUCAUCCAGACCGAAAAAAUACCCCCGACGAGAACAGGAACCAAUCCGAAGAUAUCUUGCCCUAUAGAAUCUUGGAGAUCGGUUGUGGGACCGCCGUGCCGACCGUAUCCCUCUGCUUCAAAUUGUUUGCGUUCCUGUUGGCUCGCAAUCGAGCUCCUCAACUCCAGUCAUCAUUCGACCGCCAGCAUGACCUCGAGUCUCCUAUCCUCGAAAUCCUCUUGCAGGACUUCAAUGCAGAUGUGUUAAAGCUUCUAACAUUCCCAAACAUUUUAUUAGCGUUUUAUCGAGCGAGCAUGAUGACCUCGAAGUUGGAGCAAGCGGAUGUGUCUGAAGAAAGAGAAGAGAACGGGGACUCGGCCAAAGAAAGGAUGGACAGUUCAGAGGAAACUGAAGAAGAUUUAGAGAUCACAGACGAAUUGAAGACGGACUUUGAGUUAUUUCUGCGCGAGAAUCGGAUCCGCUUGACGUUGAUCUAUGGGCCAUGGUCGACGUUUGAGCUUCCGGGAGCACUAUCGUCCAACCUGACUUUGAGUGUCCCGGGAAAGAGUGGAAAGCAAAGAAGAAAAGGAUGCGAAGUGAUCAUGAGUUCAGAGACUUUGUACUCGACCGCCUCCUUGCCGGACCUGAUCAACGUCUUACUAUCAUCCAAGAUCAACAACAUCGUCCACCAGACCGACGAUGAUCCACAGAGGCUAGAAGAAGGAACAGAGAGCCACUCUACGACGAUCCUCAUCGCCUCCAAAUCCGUCUAUUUCGGCGUCGGCGGCGGCACCCAUUCGUUCGUUGACUUGGUCGAGAAUACCCACAAAGGAGCCGUCGAAUUCGUCGACCUCGAUCAUCAUUCUGGUCCCACUUCUAGCGGGAUCUCUAGAGUCCUCAUGGAUGUCAAAUUCCCCUCUUGAACCAUCCCCUCCCCUCCCCUCCAUGACUGUUUUAGGCGGCGUAUCAUCUGCACUCGUUCUCAGCUUCACCUCUCAUUGCCCCCGCUUCUGACCUCGAAUCUUGUCUUUCUACUUAUACAGCCCUGGUUUUGUCUUGCUGCUAUAUAACCCCGGAAUGUUCUCCAGUCUUAUUCUUCUGUCUUUCUCGCAUUCCAGACAGG